GUAAGGGUGAGUGCUCAGGAUGACUGCAGAGAGGGAGGUCCCUGAUGCACACUUCACUGUGGACAAACAGAACAUCUCCCUCUGGCCCCGAGAGCCUCCUCCGAAGUCCGGUCCGUCUCUGGUCCCGGGGAAAACAUCCACAGUCUGUGCUGCAUUAAUCUGCCUGACACUGGUCCUGGUCGCCUCUGUCUUGCUGCAGGCUGUCCUUUAUCCCCGGUUUAUGGGCACCAUAUCAGAUGUAAAGACCAAUGUCCAGUUGCUGAAAGGUCGUGUGGACAACAUCAGCACCCUGGAUUCUGAAAUUAAAAAGAAUGGUGACGGCAUGGAGGCAGCUGGCGCUCAGAUCCAGAUGGUGAAUGUGAGCCUGGGUUUUGUGCGUUCUCAGUUCCUGAAGUUAAAAACCAGUGUGGAGAAGGCCAACGCCCAGAUCCAGAUCUUAACGAGAAGUUGGGAGGAUGUCGGUACCUUAAACGCCCAAAUCCCAGAGUUAAAAAGAGACCUAGAGAAAGCCAGUGCUUUAAAUACAAAGAUCCGGGAACUCCAGGGCAGUUUGGAGAAUAUGAGCAAGUUGCUCAAACGACAAAAGGACAUUCUACAGGUGGUUUCUCAAGGCUGGAAUUUCUUCAAGGAGAACUUCUAUUACUUUUCUCGCAUCCCAAAGACCUGGUAUAGCGCCCAGCAGUUCUGUAUGUCCAGGAAUUCACACCUGACCUCAGUGACCUCAGAGAGUGAGCAGGAGUUUCUGUAUAAGACAGCAGGGGGACGCAUCUACUGGAUUGGCCUGACUAAAGCAGGAAUGGAAGGGGAGUGGUACUGGGUGGAUGACACGCCUUUCAACAAGGUCCAAAGUGAGAGGUUCUGGAUUCCAGGUGAGCCCAACAAUUAUGGAAACAAUGAACACUGUGCCAAUUUAAAGGUAUCCUCGCUUCAGUCCUGGAAUGAUGCCUCAUGUGACCAAACAUUUCAUUUCAUCUGUAAGCGACCCUACAUCCCGUCAGAACCAUGACAGGACAGGCUCCCAAGCUCACUCUUGGAGUUCCAGCGCUUGUCAAGCAUGAGGAAAUGCCUCUUUCUUCCCCAGACUCUGGGAUGACUUUGAACCUCAAUUUUUCUUGCUUUGAAAUUGUCCCACAGUGGCAUUCUGGAGUCCGUCUGUCCUGGCUGGAAUUUUUCCAACCCCAUGGAGGCAGCUGGAAUGGAAAGGAGGAUUAAAGUGGUUAAAGUCGGAGGGGUGGGUGGAGAGGAUUUAGAACUUCCAGUUGCUCUGCUGCUGUGACAUCUUUGAGCCUCACAGAGCCCCAAAGACCUAACCCUGAGUUCCUGCCUCUCACCUGAUGUGCCCUUGCUCUGGCCCCCUAGCUGGCUAGUUCCCUACCAUCUGGACCAGCUGCACUCCACUCAGUUUCCUACUUAAUAGGUUUCAUUUCUCUGCCAGCCUGGGAAGCUAUUCAAACAAGCCAGUCACAUCCUCUCACAGGAAACCGGGGUACCUCAUGCUUUUGUUACUGCAAGGCUGCCUCCCACAGCCCUGUUGGUUCACUCUGCUCCUGAGGGUGACCCCGUGUGGCCCUGCGUGGCUUGUGAUAUCUUUCCUCACUGGACUCUAUUUUGACUAGUAAACUGCUGUCAAUCUCA